CUGCCUGUAAAGUGUGGGUGGACGCAUUUAAAAACAGCAAGAGGGGCCAGAACCAAAUUGAAAGUAAAUGUUUUUCGUUAAAUACAGUCAAUGCUGUUAAGAAAUCAAAUUGUUUUUUUGCAAUGGGACAGGGAAUAAUUCCAGAAAAUAUCUCAACACUUCUAAACGUUUUAUUUUUCUCCAACACUCUCUCGCUCUUUCUCUUUGCAGCUGUUGUGACAUUUUUUUGGCAAAGCAAAAACGCAAUGGCGCCAAAGACGCCGCCAUUUUCACAGCUCGACAAAAUGGCGACAAGGACAUCCACAUCAACAUCCGUAUCCUCAUCCUCGUCCACGUUCAGUUGGCUCUGCCGCCUGCUGGCAUUCGGCUUUUGCAUUGGCGCCGCCGCCGCUCGAGAUAUUCCAUCGCCGAUGGAUCAGACAGACGUGGCCUUUUACUGUCCAGGAGAAGGUCUGUUUGCGGACGACUAUGAUUGCUGGAUUUAUUACCGCUGUGAGCGGCGUUCGGACCAAUACAUACAACCCUACAUUUUGAGCUGUCCCGAAGAUAUGGUCUUCUCGCGUUCCCUGCGAAUGUGUAUGCCACCAGCGUUGGCUGGACGGGAUGAGUGUGUGGAUCAGGUGAACGAGGUGGAGGACGGUGGCAGCAUGGAGAAGUGGGAGCAGGACGACUAUGGACAGAAUGACCAUAAUGCGAUGCUUAACCUGGCCGUCACACCUGCGGCCAAUGAGCUGCGAACCUAUGCGUCCAACCAUCGGCUGCCCACGAAUUAUGGCCUGGCAGGUCUCAGCGGUGUCUCUGUCAUAUCCUUUUCCAGCUCAUCAUCCCUGCGAGCUGUUGGAUCAGCGGAAGAGACGGAAGACGGUACGGGGGUAAUAUGCCGGGAUGAUGGCUUCCUGAACGAUCCCAACGACUGCACCGUGUUUUAUCGCUGCAUCUCCAACGGUCGAGGCUAUAACAAAAUCGGCUUCCGGUGUUCCGAUGGCACGGCAUGGGAUGAAUCCCUACAGUCCUGCAACCACAUGUUUGACGUACGUGCCAACGGAGGAUGCCGCAAUCAAGCGGUUCCACAGAACGAUGGUUAUUACGCCGGCCAAACGUCAACACAAUCCUCGCAGACCAGUUAUCAAAACUCUACCUCAAGCAGCCAGCAGAGCUCAUCAACAAGUUCAUCGAAUUCCUCCCAAAGCUCUAGUUCUACGUCCAGUUCCACUUCUAGCUCUAGCUCGAGUCAGCAGGAGUCCUCUACAUCCAGCUCCAAUCAGCAGUCCAGCUCUACUUCUAGCAACAAUCAGGAGUCCAGCUCUGGAUCUAGCAACAAUGAAGAGUCCAGCUCGGAAUCUAGCAAUAAUCAAGAGUCCAGCUCCGGAUCUAGUAAUAAUCAGGAAUCCAGCACGAGCUCCAGUAGCAAUCAAGGCUCAAGCUCCCAAAAUUCCGGCAGCAAUCAAUCCUCCAGCAGUAACAGCAACCAAAGCUCGGGCAACAGCCAAAGCUCUGGAAGCAACCAAUCCUCGAACAGUAACCAAAACUCCAGCAACAACCAGAACCAAAGCUCCGGCAGUAACCAAAGCUCUGGCAGCAACCAAUCCUCGAAUAACAGUCAAAGUUCUAGCAGCAAUCAAUCCUCUAACAGUAACCAGAGUUCCAACAACAGCCAAUCCUCCAGCUCUAACAGCAAUCAGAGCUCUUCUGGCAACCAAACGAGCAGUGGAUCCAAUAAGCCUGUGCCCACAGAAUGUGAGGAUGAGAAUACCUACAUACCCGACAAAGAAGAUUGUGCUAAGUUCUACAGAUGUCGCCAAGAUAAAAACGGAAAAUUAGAACAAGUGCCUUUCACCUGUGGUCCCGGCACCGUUUGGAAUCAGGAAGAUAAGGUGUGCGAUUUGCCAACUGAAGAUCAAAAGAAGAAGUGCAACAUUCAAUCGGGUUCAUCCAGUGGCAGUAACAACUCUGGGCAGCAAUCAAGUGGAAGCUCCUCCAGCAACAACAAUCAAGGCUCUUCCAGCAAUCAAUCAUCUAGCAACCAGAGUUCAUCCAGCAACCAAGGUUCAUCUAGCAACCAAGGUUCAUCCAGCACUCAAGGAUCUUCCAGCAACCAAGGCUCAUCUAGCAACCAAAGUUCAUCCAGUAGUCAAGGAUCAUCCAGCAAUCAAGGCUCAUCUAGUAACCAAGGCUCUUCAAGCAAUCAAAGUUCAUCUAGCAAUCAAUCAUCCAGUAAUCAAGGCUCAUCUAGUAACCAAGGCUCUUCAAGCAACCAAAGUUCAUCCAGCAACCAAGGUUCAUCUAGCAACCAAGGCUCAUCUAGCAACCAAGGUUCAUCCAGCAACCAAAGUUCAUCCAGCAACCAAGGCUCAUCUAACAACCAAUCAUCCAAUCAAGGUUCAUCUUCAUCGAAUAAUCAAAGCUCGAGUUCCAGCAACAAUUCGUCCAACAAUAGUACGAACACUCAAUCGACCACACCAAAACCAUCCAAUCCCGAUGGUGAAUGUCAAGAUACGGAAACAUAUUUGGCAGAUAAGAAGGAUUGCGCCCGAUUCUACCGUUGCGUAGAAAAUGGUAAUGGUGGCUUCAGUAAGGUUCCUUUUGAUUGUUCCCCAGGAACAGUUUGGGAUCCAGAUACUAAGGGAUGCAACCAUCCCACAGAUGUGCAAAAAAAGCAGUGCAAGGCAAUGGCCAAUGGUAGUGGAAGUUCUUCCAAUCAAGGGUCGUCAUCGAAUCAAGGGUCGUCAUCCUCUUCUAACCAAGGUUCUUCUUCAAGUCAGGGAUCUUCAUCUAACCAAGGAUCUUCGUCUAACCAGGGAUCCUCUUCUUAAUCUAACCAGUUCUAAUCAAGGACUUCAAGUCAGGGAUCUUCAUCUAACCAAGGAUCAUCGUCUAACCAGGGAUCUUCUUCUAACCAAGGAUCUUCGUCUAACCAGGGAUCCUCUUCCAAUCAGGGAUCGUCAUCCAACCAAGGCUCUUCAUCAAAUCAGAGUUCCUCUUCUAACCAAGGAUCAUCAUCAAACCAAGGAUCAUCGACUAACCAGGGAUCUUCUUCCAACCAAGGAUCAUCUUCAAACCAGGGAUCUUCUUCCAAUCAAGGAUCUUCGUCUAAUCAGGGAUCUUCUUCAAACCAGGGUUCCUCUUCUAACCAAGGAUCUUCCUCCAACCAAGGAUCUUCCUCCAACCAGUCCUCAUCAUCUCAACAGUCGUCGUCUUCUAACCAAACUUCAUCCUCAACGACUGAAGGAUCUUCAUCAUCCACCACACAGAAACCAUUCAGGCCUGCCGAGAAAUGUGAGAGUGAGGAGACUUUCCUAGCCGACAACGAGAAUUGCUCCAAGUUCUAUCGCUGCGUGGAUAAUGGUAAGGGUGGAUUUACGAAAGUAUCAUUCACCUGUCCACCAAAGACUUUAUGGGAUCCUGAGGCCAACAGCUGCAACCAUCCUGAUCAGAUCCAAACCAAGCCCUUGAAGUGUAAGAAAGUGGUCAAUCAAGACGGAUCUUCAACUAGCAGCAGCAGCUCCUCCUCAAGCAGUUCAUCAAAUAACAGUGGUUCUUCUUCGAACAGUGGAUCAUCAUCGAACAGUGGUUCUUCCUCCAAUUCAGGAUCAUCAAACACCGGUUCCUCCUCCAACAGUGGUUCAUCGUCCAGCACAGGAUCCAAUACUGGAUCAUCUUCAAACAGUGGUUCAUCCUCGAACACUGGCUCCUCCUCUAAUACGGGAUCUUCGUCCUCAAACAGUGGAUCAUCUUCUAGUAGUGGCUCGUCAAAUCAAGGCUCUUCAUCCAAUAGUGGUUCCUCUUCAGGAUCCAAUACAUCUGGAAAUGGAUCGACCUCUUCGUCAUCAUCAUCUUCAUCCUCUUCAAGCAACAACAACAAUCAAGGUUCAUCUUCAUCCUCCUCCAGUUCAUCCUCAUCUAGCAGCAGCUCAACUACCUCCAAACCAAAUCCUUCUGAAACCUGCAAGUUUAAUGGACAAUUUGUUGGCGAUCGCACGGAGUGUGCCAAGUUCUAUCGUUGCGUUGAUAAUGAUAGAGGAGGCUUUAAUAUGGUGGCCUUCAAAUGUGGACCUGGCACUGUUUGGGAUGCCCAGCUUCAGGCCUGUAACCAUGCUUGGGCUGUCAAGGAAUGUGGAGGCGUAGCUCCUCCCACAACCACUCCUCCUUCAACAACAACCACAACCACCUCUAGACCUUCAGGUCCUUCAUCCACAUCCAGACCUUCAGGUCCUUCAUCCACAUCCAGACCUUCAGACCAGUCAUCCACAUCCAGACCGUCAGGCCCAUCUACAACCACUGAUGUCGUUCCCUCCUCUACCUCUUCUUCCACAUCUCCAUCCUCUCCAACAUCAUCUCCUACUACUCAACCACCCAACACUAAUGGAAAGUGUACCUCAGAGGGCUUUAUGGCUGAUCCCAGCAACUGCUCAAAGUUCUAUCGCUGUGUUCAAAAUAACAAAGGAAGCUUCACUGCAAUUCCGUUCCAAUGUGGAGCUGGUACCGUUUGGGAUCAAGAUCUGCAGACCUGCAACCACAAUUUCAACAACUGCAACACUGGUACUGAUCCUACUACAUCAAAACCUCCUUGCGAGCCAUCAACCAAUGGAACAACGACAACACCUUUAACCACUACAACACAAGCAGCCACUACUGAUCUACCCCCUACUACAACAACCACCUUACCUCCCACUACGACAACUGGAUCUCCUCCCACUACAACAACUGAAUUGCCUCCCACAACAACAACUGGAUUGCCUCCAACUACUACAACUGGUUUACCACCCACUACAACAGGCCUACCAUCCACUACCCCAACAGAAGCUCCACCCAGUACUACCACAACUGUCAACUCAGAAACCGAAACUACAACGAUCACAUCGAAUUCGGAAACUACCACCCAAAAACCGUCCACAACCACAAUGAAACCCCUACCAGCUGGCACUGAAUGCACUGGUGAGGGUUAUAUGGCCGAUCCCGAAGAUUGUAGGAAAUACUAUCGAUGCAUCAACGCUGGAGCCUCCUACAGAAAGUACACUUUCACGUGUCCCAAGGGCACAGGAUGGAAUGAAGAUGUGCAGACCUGUGAUUACAUGCAGAAUAUCCCGAGGUGUUCGAAGCUACCAACAGAACCACCGACCACAAAGGAUCCGGAGACUACAACUCCAAGUGAAGAGUCCAAAGAACCUGGAAGUACCACUCCAUCACCAACGGACGAGCCCACAACAGUUACGAAGCCCAUCACAAAACCAACCGAUGAACCUUCAACAGAGAAACCAACAGGAAAACCAACAGAGAAACCAACAGAGAAACCAACAGAGAAACCAACAGAGAAGCCAACAGAGAAACCAACAGAGAAGCCAACAGGGAAGCCGACAGAAAACCCCACAACUACCGAAUAUCCCGGAAAACCAACUACACAGGGACCUACCACUACAAAUAUUCCCGGCUAUGAACCAACAACCACAACUACUCCAAUUGAAACCACAACCACUACUCCUGGUUAUAAGCCAACUACUGGACCAGUCACAGAACCUAUAACGACAACCAAUUUACCUGUAACAACCACUACUCAAGAACCCACAACCUCAUUGAAACCAGAAACCACAACCACUACGGAGAACUCUGAGACCACCACACCAGAAGGUCCAUCUACCACUACGCAACCGGAACCACAGCCUAACUAUAACUGCACUGCCGAGGGAUUCUUCCCCGAUCCCAGUGACUGCAAUCGCUACUAUCGCUGUGUAGAUGGGGCACAGAAUGGGAAAUACCAGGUUUACGCUUUCAAAUGCGGCAAUGGAACUGUUUGGGAUACAUCCACCGAAACUUGCAAUUUUGCCGAUCAGGUAUCGGGCAAUUGCUCAUCUGGACAGACGACUUCCUCGCCGGGUACGACGGAAAGUACUACUAGUCCAGGAACCCCUGAAACAACCACUUCCAGAAACCCUGAAACCACCACAACAACGGGAGCCACUGAAACCACUACUACAUCAUCUUCUGAUACCACUACUACACCAUACCCUGAAACAACAACUACACAAUCUCCUAUCACCACAACAACGGCAACCCCUGAAACAACUACUUCUGGAAGCACCGAAACCACUAGCCCAGUAACAACUACUACAGAAAUCCCUGUCACAACUACUACUACGACUAAAGCCCCUGAAACUACUACUACAUCAGCCAGGCCAGAAACCACGACCACUAUUGGGGGAGAUACCACAACCAAUCAGCCAACAACAGAACCACCAAACACCACUGAGAACCCGACACCCUCGGCCAACACCAGCGCUCCAUGCCCCACAACCGGACCGGGACAGAAUUUGUUCGUCUGUCCCACUGGCUUCCGUCAGCAUCCCGAGAAGUGUGGCAUGUUCUAUCAGUGCAGCGAGAGUGCUGAUAGCAACGAUCUAAACAUUGUGGUCUUCCAAUGCCCUAAUGGAACUGUAUACCAGGACAAGACAUGCAGCUGUGGCAAGCCCCAGGAGGGUGACAAAUGCUCUAAGAAUAUGAAGAGGACCACCAACUUUUUCGAUCAGGAAACCAAGCUUCAGAAUGUGGUACAAAUCAGUACGACGGCACCUCUGUGCCCAGAUGAGGGUCACUUCGCCCUUAACGAUGACCAGUGCGGCCAGCUGUUCGUCAAGUGCGGAUUCUCCGAAGUGACGGGACGAAUUGAGGGACAGAUCCACCGCUGUCCACAAGGCUUCGCCUACUGGAACGUGAGCCGCCGAUGUGAGCCCGCCAGGAAGCUGCUUAACUGCACCCCAACCACUUACAAUGUAGGCGGUAAUGUGCCACUAGAGUGGCUCAACAUUGGCCAUAGACGCCGCAGCAUGCGCAUUUAAUUAGAUUUAGUCUAGAUUCGCUUAGUCGCCGCCAUUGUUUGUUUGCUGCGCCAGCAUUUUCCUGAAUCAAGCCGAGGUAUUUUGCUGGCACAGCAAACGAUCGAACAAAAGAGUUAGCUUAGGACGUAGGGAAAUUACAUUAGGUUAAGCCCGGGUUUAACCCUCCAAAACCAAAAAGUUUUGGUUGCUGGAUGGUUAACUAGAUUCUUGGUGUCGGACUGCAAGAUUGCACUUUACGCGUUUUAAAAGGAAACAAACGUUUUUUUUUGAGUAGUCUUCCUAUAGUGGAAACAGGCACAGCCUUCACUACAAACACGUACAUGUUGUAGCUUUUACGCAGUAAUUGUAUUUAUGUUUAGAGUUUAAACAUACGUUCUGAACGCCAUAUACAUAUAUAUAUAUAUAUAUAUAUCUUAGACUAUGCUUAAAGAUUAUAAUAAAUUGAAACAUAUACAUAAAUUGUCGAAGAAUGUUACAGUGGAACUUGUUUAACUUUCGGGAAUAAUUUCAAGGAUGCAGAUUGGAUCUUUAAAAAAUUUUCUUUUCUCUUUUUCUUCUGUUAACUACUUUAAUUUUAAUUUUUACUUUAAGGAAUAAUUUCCUGUUUCUCCUUUGACCUCUUUAUCUCCUUUACACUCUUGAAAGUUUAUAGUUUUUGAAACAUUUGGCGGAAUACUCUUUUGUAAAAUUAAUAAGUGUGUCCAGUUUUUAAGGUAAAAGUAUAAGUUUCCAUUUUGGUUUCAAAAAAAAUGUUGGUUUACCAGUACUUUUUCGUAAAAAAAAUUUUAACCGAAAGGUUAUAAUUGUAAGUUUCUGAA